AGACAAGUGAGGAUGGUUUUGUAAAAUUGACUGCGCCCAUGGACCAUGUCAUCUGCCGGCGAAAACUCAGCGCGAGAUAUAAACAAGCAGACAUCCGUCCAUGGCCGGCGACGACCAAACCGAAGCCCUAGCGGUAAACUUCGCUCUCCCUGUGUUCUCCCUCCACGGGUCGACCUCGUCGGCGAUGGCGGCGUGGCCAAACCCGUGGUUGCCGCUCUUCCUCGUCGUCGCCCUGAUUGCCUUCGAGGACUGGCUCUCCACGCCCUCUUGCUCCGGCGGCUCGCCCGCCCAUGACCCCGCCUCUGGCGAUCUGAGGGCCAUGCUGGUUGCCGAUCUGAUGCUCCUUGGGUCAGAUGCUAUGUAUGCUGACCGCUUCUUCCGAAACCAAAUCAUGUCGAAGCUCGUAACUAAAUCUAUUGAAACAUCGAAUCCAGAUAUGAUCAUAGUCCUUGGGGACGUCUCAGCAAAAGGUUCAGAGCAGAAUGAGAGCAAAUGGGUAGCUGUUCUUGAACAGUUUGAGGGGAUAUUGGGGCGUUACUCUUCCCUUCCCCUUCAUAUUGUGCUAGGUGAUAAAGAUGUUGGUGGAUGUUCGAAUUUGGAUGGUAAGUUUGUGCACCGUAUGACCAAACAUUUGCCAGGAUUAGAUUCAAGUGGUUGCGGCGCUUUUGAGAUUAGUAAUAUCAGUUUUGUGUCUCUAAAUGCUGUUGCACUGCUCUGUGAUGACAAUGUGUUGCGCUCAAGCCUUGAGAAGGUUAUGGAGAAGGAAAGCCAUCGUUUUCAAAGUAAAUUGUUCAAUGGAGUAGAACAUUGUCUUAUGGGAAGUGAAAAAGGACAAGGUUUUGGUGACCAAGGCUGGAGACAAAACUGUAUGACGGCAGGAUCAGGUCCUAUCAUUUUGCUCCAUAUUCCACUACAUAGGCCCCAUAAGUCUGAUAGAGGAGCCAUCAGUGUCCCGAUGUUUCCAGAGGGAACUGUCCCACAUCAUUCUUUGGCUUCCCUGACUUCAAAACAAAGUGGAGCUGAUGCCAGGAAGCUACAUGAUAGAUUGCAUACACUUCCUGCAAAUUCAACUCAAUAUAUUCUUCAAGCGCUUAAACCAAGGAUUAUAUUUAGUGCUCAUGCUGAUAGAUUCUCAGACUACAUCCAUGCUGAUGGAACACGGGAAGUAACAGUGCCUGCUAUGACAUGGAAGAAAGGAGGAAUGCCAGGUUUUGUCAUUGCUACAUUUGGACAGAAAGGGGCUGUUUCUGUGAAGUGCUGUUGGCUAGCUCAGGAAUGGUACAUAAUGACAGGAUAUUCAGCAUUUUUGUUCCUGAUAGUCCUUGCAGUAAAAUGGUCACAUUGGAUCUGAAUGAAAAUAUGGAAAUUAUUUCACGGUGAGUAGGUGACCUGGAAGACAUGCAAGAUACAUCUCGGACACUACGGGCUAAAGCCUGCAGAGUAAGAUCCUCCUGGACAAGGAAAGCAACUUCAGUCACGGACUGGUAAUUAUCCUGAAAAUUUGUUGGUUCCUUUCCUUCCAAACAUCCAAAGCAUGUACAGGAAGGUCUUGCUGAAAUUUCGGCUCACCAACUAGUUGAGUUUUAGAGGGUCGAUUCCAACAAUUCAAUGGGAGAUAACUGGUGGCCGCAGCAACAUGCUCAAUGGAUCUCCAGGAGACAACAAUGGCCCAAACUCUCUUUGUGAAUAUUCAUUCCAGACCAGAGAAGCAACAUGCUCAAUGGAUCUCCAGGAGACAGCAACAUGCUCAAUGCUCAGCUUUGCCGUCGAGCAAGCGACCCGGCCAGGUUCGAUCCCCGGUUGGGGCGUUCCUGGUUGUCUCACCAGGAUUUAAAAUCCUUUGUGUUUUCGCCUCUCCCACGCUUGUAGCUUAGUGGAAGCGCAACGUACCUGUUGCCGACAGUCUAGUGACUCUGGAAAUCUAGUAAGCGUGUAUUAGGUUGUAAGGUCUAUCUUGCACACUAGGGGUAGGGUGUGUGCGUGCGGUGUGUGUGGUGCGUGUUCGUGCGUGAGUUCAGAUACUACAGCUGUAAUGUAAGAGAGGCUUAAAAAUAAUAAUUCAUUCCAGACCAAGAUGCU